AUGGAUUUAGAAGGUAGUGCUUUGUCAGAUGAUGAAAUCAUGACAACAGCUAAGGAAAUGGGUUUACUGCUCUAUCAAAAGAGAACCAAAAGUGACCCCCCCACCUUUUCCAAUGCACGAGGACACAAUAAAAGGCAUUUUAUAGGACAUAAUGCCCAGGGGCAGGGGAAUGGGUUGCGAUAUGGCCUAAGCAGCAUGCAAGGUUGGCGAGUUGAAAUGGAGGAUGUGCAUACAGCUGUGAUCAGUUUGCCAAGUGGACUUGAGACAUGGUCAUUCUUUGCUGUAUAUGAUGGGCAUGCUGGUUCUCAGGUUGCCAAGUACUGCUGUGAGCAUUUGUUAGAUCACAUCACCAAUAACCAGGAUUUUAAAGGCUCUGCAGGAGCACCUUCUGUGGAAAAUGUAAAGAACGGGAUCAGGACAGGUUUUCUGGAGAUUGAUGAACACAUGAGAGUUAUGUCAGAGAAGAAACAUGGUGCAGAUAGAAGUGGGUCAACAGCUGUGGGGGUCUUAAUUUCCCCCCAACAUGCCUACUUCAUUAACUGUGGAGACUCGAGAGGUUUGCUUUGUAGAAACAGGAAAGUUCAUUUCUUCACACAAGACCACAAACCAAGUAACCUGCUGGAAAAAGAAUGAAUUCAGAAUGCAGGGGGCUCUGUGAUGAUUCAGCGUGUAAAUGGCUCUCUGGCUGUGUCAAGGGCCCUUGGGGAUUUCGAUUACAAAUGUGUCCAUGGAAAAGGUCCCACAGAGCAGCUCGUCUCACCAGAGUCGGAAGUCCAUGAUAUUGAAAGGUCUGAAGAGGACGAUCAGUUCAUUAUUCUUGCGUGUGAUGGUAUCUGGGAUGUCAUGGGAAACGAAGAGCUCUGUGACUUUGUGAGAUCCAGACUUGAAGUCACUGAUGACCUUGAGAAAGUUUGCAAUGAAGUAGUCGACACCUGUUUGUAUAAGGGAAGUCGAGACAACAUGAGUGUUAUUUUGAUCUGUUUUCCCAAUGCACCUAAAGUCUCAGCGGAAGCCGUGAAGAAGGAGGCAGAGCUGGACAAGUACCUGGAAUGCAGAGUAGAAGAAAUCAUAAAGAAGCAGGGGGAAGGCGUCCCAGACUUAGUCCACGUGAUGCACACAUUAGCGAGCGAGAACAUCCCCAGCCUCCCACCCGGGGGUGAAUUGGCAAGCAAGUGGAAUGUAAUUGAAGCCGUUUACAAUAGACUGAAUCCUUACAAAAAUGAUGACACUGAUUCUACAUCAACUGAUGACAUGUGGUAAAACGGAUCAUCUAGCCAUGGAUUCACCUUCGCCUCCAGGAGAGUGCAGCUCAACCUUGCCGAACCUGUUCACGUCCAUCAUCGACUUUAAGGAAGGGGUACGACAUGGGUGAGGGACUACACCAGAGAGCUUCAGCGGUGGAACAGCUAGGCCAGAACGGAUUUCUUUUUUUAAUUGUAAAUUUGAAACUUAUGUAAACGUGAUUUCAAACCAUAAUUCAUGUUGUAAAUCAGACUCCAGCAAUUUUUGUUGUAUGAUUUUGGUUUUUUGUAAAGUGUAAUUGUCCUUGUACAAAGUGCUCAUAUUUAAUUAUGAACUGCUUUAAAAUCACUAUCAAUGAUAAAGGAAAUGUUUGGCUUGUUGUGUGACACAACAGAUGUAGUCAUGCUGUGUUUGGACUUGGGGUUGGGAUAGGGGAAGCAGCAGCCACAUAGCUAGAUGCUCAUGUGCACAUGAUUAUGAAGAAUUCCAAAAUCUACAAAGCUGAACAUCCAGGGAGUUAUGGAAAACUGUCUUUGUGUUCUGGCUAGGGCCUGGCUUGUUAACGCAGCCAUUCCUUCUUACCUGUCUCUAGGAUGUCCUCUCCUUGCAGCCGAGAGUAUUGCAGGUGAUACCAUAUAUUCAUGAGAGUAUCAAUUUUGGGCUAAAAUGCCUUGAUUCUUUGCACCUCUUUAUGAGCCCUUACAUUCAGUUACUAACUGGUAAGCAGCUGCUUCCUACACAGUAGGAGACUGCCAUUUUUUUCCUAUCAUGAUUGGCUGGGCCUGCUGCUGUUCCUAGUAAGAUAUUCUGAAUUCCAUUUUAUCAAUAAAGCUUGGUUUAACAAACAAGAAA